AUGUCGACCACCGCACCCGCAGCCUCGACGCUUCCCCAAGCACCAUGGAAGCAGCUCUUCAGCAAGCACUUGGGCGAGAUGAAGCCUCCCCAAUUCGUCCUAGGUACUCUCGAUAAAGCCACCGAGGGCUCACCUGUCGAAUACGUACCUCGUGUGCGAUAUUGCAUCUUCAGAGGCUUCUGGGCUGAGCUGCCAGAGAACAAGCACAACGAUGCCGAGCGCAACCCCGAGCUCUAUCACAGCGACUGUCCGACUUUUACAACAGAUGUGCGCAUGGAGAAGGUUGGACAGAUCUUCAAGACAAGUGCUGGGCACGCGGAGAGUGACGACCAGGUCCAGGGCAGCGGCGGCGGAGGUCCAGUCGAGGCGGUCUGGUGGGUUGAGGGCGAGACUCAGACACAAUGGCGUGUCGCAGGCAAGGCAUACGUGGUCGCCGAUGACAUUGAGGGCUCUGAGGAGAGCAGCGGUGUCAGGACGGUCAAGAGCGAGGUUGGCAAGAGGAUGAGGGCGCUCAAGGAGGGUGGAGAGAACGAGUGGAGCUGGCAAAGGGAGCUCACAGGGUUUUUUGGCAACCAGUCUCCUGCUAUCAAGGGCUCUUUCAAAAACCCUCCACCAGGCCAGCCCGUAACUGCACCUUUUGACAAGGAGUGCCUUCAGCUUGGCUCAAAGGCAGACGACCUCCACGAUGAGGUUGCAAGGAAGAACUUCCGCCUCGUGGUCAUCGUUCCAGACGUCGUCGAGCAGACCGACCUUAGCGACCCAGAGAAGGCAAGGCGAUUCAGAUACACCAGGAACGGCGAGACAGCGCGGCACAACGCCGGCUGGAGGACAGAGGAGCUGUGGCCGUAG